AUGAGGAAAGUAGAAUAAAAUUACAGUUAUUAUCUUUAAUAAUACGAUGAAAUAUCUGGAUUAUUUUCUCAUUAUUCUAUUAAAUAACUAGCAGUUAAAAAUAAUCUAAAAAAAUAUUGUUAGAAAAUAUUAUAUGUACGUGGGGAUGGAAAUUGUUUUUAUACUGCAUUUGGUUUUUAAUAUUUGAAUUUAUUACUAAUAAAAUUUGAUGAUAAUUAAUUUAAUGAAUUUUUCAAUUUUGUAAAGGAAUAAAAAAUUUAAUUUAAGAUUAAUUACGAAAAUUUCUAAAUAGAUGAUGAAAAAAUUGAAUAACUCUUGCUUGAAUAAUUUCUUUAUAUUCUUUAAUAAAUAAGAAAAAUCUAAAAUUAGCAAGAUAGAAUAAAUACAAUUUAUCAAUAAUUUAGGGAAGUUGAAAUUUCGAAUAAUGGAAAUGGAUGCCUUUAUUUUUUAUCUACUAUAUUUUUUAGAAACCUUAGUAAUCAACUCUUAGAAUAUAGUGACAUGAAAACUUAUGUUGAAGAUAGAAUAAAUUUAAUCACUUGGGAAACUGAGUGUAAUAAUAAUGAAAUAAUAAUAGCUACUUUAGCAUAACAAUUAAAAAUGUAUUCUAUUAUAAUUAUAUAGAAAUAUCAAAUUAUUAUUUUUUUAAGCAGGAUAAUUUGAAUUAAGAUAAUAUGAAGAAAAUUAAGAAUAUGAAAUAAUUUUACUAAUUUAACCAGGUCAUUAUAAUAUAGGAUUAAGAAAUUGA